AUGGAUGGCACUUUCUUGGGGAAGUGGUGGUUCGUGCAAGGCACCGCCAAAGUGUUUCAUCGCAAGGAAGGCUGUUCCCACUUCGUCGUCUCCAGGAAGGACGGCGACACGUACAACGUCGUCGCACAGUACACUGUAGGAGAGAACAGCCAGAAGACCCGACGUAUCAACCUCGAUUUCGAAGACGAAUCCGAACAUCCAGCCAAAUUUGCUGUCUACUUGGACGGGACGCAGGUCGUCUGGGCGACGGUGCUAGGAACAGAUUACGACCACUGGGCCGUCAUUUACAUCCGUGAAGGAGGAUUCGAGACAUUCACCGUGGCCUCGCGGCGACCCAGACUGGACGCUGCUUUCGACAGCGCCGCGCGAAUGGCACUCCAGGAAAGUCAGGUGACGACGGACCUCAGCGACAUGUCUGGAAAGAGUUGCCCGGACGACAUAUGA